AAAAAAAUCAUUCAUCUUCACACCGUAGCGCAGGAUCGUUCUGUACAUGUUGUAAACAGAAUCGCUUCUCUGUUCUCAGUAAGUGAUGCAUUCUGAUCUAUCGCCUCAUCUGCACACUCCAGAGUGUAAUCGUCUGAUUGACCUGCUCAAAAGGUGUCACGAAGAGAAAAAGUACGCUAAAUUCCUAGGAGUGUGCAACGAUUUCGAUCAGCAGGUGGUCGUUUGCCUGCGAAACGAGCGGAAGGAGAACAGCCGGAAAAAUCGGGAGCAAUCGCUAGAAAAACAUCGCCGCGUUCAGGAACGGAUGAAGCAGAUUGAAAACGAAGAGAAAGCCCGGCAUUCUAUGUAA